UCUGGUUAAACUGCAACCACAGAGUGAGAAGCAACUUGUCUAUUACUUCAUUAAUGUAUCUAGCUAUAUAGUCAUUAGCUCUUUUUUUUCUUUUUUCUUUUUGAAAUCAUACAGUCAUUAGCUCUUAAUCAUCUUUCUCAUAAAUUGCAUCAAGUGCCUCUGAUCUUUAUUUAGAAAAAAAAGGUUCGUUCUUUCUCUGAUCAUGGACUUAAUCUACAUGUGUUUCGGAGUGUUUUUUGCUAUAGGACUUAUGAUUUUGGGAUGGAGAAUUUUGAAUUGGGUGUGGUUAAGGCCGAGGAAAUUGGAGAAGAUCCUGAGGAAUCAGGGACUCAAGGGAAACCCCUACAGAAUUUUCUUCGGAGAUAUAAGAGAGCUGGUAAAGAUGCUGGCAGAAGCUAAAUCCAAGCCUAUUGGACUAGCUGAUGAUAUUCUUCCGCGUGUUGUGCCUAUUAACUUUCACACUGUCGAAAAACAUGGGAAGAAUUCAUUUGUAUGGUUUGGGCCAAGACCAAUGGUGAACCUGAUGGAUCCAGACGACAUAAAAGAGGCUCUCAACAAGAGUAAUCAGUUUCUGAAAGUCAAGGGAGGUAAUCCUUUAACCAAGCUGCUCGCGACUGGACUGGUUUUCUAUGAGGGUGAUAAAUGGGUGAAACACCGGAAAAUCAUCAACCCUGCUUUUCAUGUUGACAAGUUAAAGAAUAUGCUACCUGCCAUGUACUUGAGCUGUAACGACAUAAUGAACGAAUGGGAGAAGAUGGUUUCUGCUAAUGGGCAAUGUGAGGUGGAUGUAUAUCAAUAUCUAGAAAAUUUGACCAGUGAUGUCAUUUCGCGUACAGCAUUUGGUAGUAGUUAUGAAGAGGGAAGGAAGAUCUUUCAGCUUCAAAGGGAGCAGUCUACUCUUGUAAUCGAAGCUUCCCAGACAAUAUACAUUCCUGGAAUGAGGCUUUUGCCAACCAAACGUAAUAAGAGGAUGAAGGAAAUUGCCAAAGAAGUUAAAGCUACCAUAAGAAGUAUCAUUGACAAAAGACUGAGAGAAAUUAAAGGGGGAGAAACCAACCAGGGUGACCUACUGGGCAUACUGCUGGAUAGCAAUUUCAAAGAAAUCGAACAACAUGAAAACAAUAAAAGUUUUGGGAUGACAAUAGAUGAGGUAAUCGAAGAGUGCAAGCUGUUCUAUUUUGCAGGACAGGAGACAACGUCAAAUACACUUGUAUGGGCAAUGAUUUUACUCGGUCAGCAUCAGGAUUGGCAGAAACGGGCUAGAGAAGAGGUCUUGCAGACGUUUGGGAACAACAAACCAGAUCUUGAUGGUUUAAAUCGCCUCAAAGUUGUGAAUAUGAUUUUGCUGGAGGCUCUUAGAUUAUACCCACCAGUAGCUGCACUUGGUAGAAGUAUAAAUGAAGAGACUAAAUUAGGAGAUACUACUUUUCCAGCGGGAGUAAUUCUCCAAGUACCUGUGAUCUUGUUGCAUCACGACGUUCAAUUAUGGGGCAAUGAUGCUAAGAAAUUCAACCCAGGACGAUUUUCUGAAGGUGUAGGAAAGGUAACAAAGGGAAAAGCGUCAUAUCUACCCUUUGGCUGGGGACCUCGGAUUUGUAUAGGCCAGAACUUUGCCAUGUUAGAAGCUAAAAUGGCAAUGGCCAUGAUUCUACAACGAUUCUCCUUUGUGCUUUCCCCGUCUUAUACUCAUGCUCCACACACCAUUAUAACACUUCAGCCUCAGCAUGGUGCACAUUUGAUCUUACAGUCUGUUCAGUUCUAGAUUUCAAGGCUGGGAUUUCACAAGAGUGUCUCAGAAUAUCAGGUGGCUCUUUUAAAUCCGCUAAGAAAUAUCUGUUCUUGGUUGACAUGAAAGUUAAAACUGCGGCCAAGGUUACCAUAGUCGUGCAAUAUUGACAGGCAUAUAAUUGCAUCUGCAGCCAAUUAGUACUUAGUAGUAUAGAAUUAAGAAUAUCUGUUGUUUGUACUACACCCUUUUCAUGCGGUGGAUUGUAGAUAUUUUCAUUGUUAUUACGAGUAAUAAACUACAUAUUAAAAAAAAAUUAUUCAUAAC